AUGAUUGUCGCAAUUCUGCUUCACGUGCUCAUCGUACUGCAACGUCGACAUCGUCGCCUCAAGCGCGAACUGCAGCAGACCCAGAAAUCAGGUCUGGGGCGGGACACAGCAAAUCAGCAAUCACCUCUCUGGCUGCACCAGCAGGCGCCCGGAGUUCAGCAGCACACCUCCCUCGCCAUUCUCAAUGGGGCUCGCAUUCUGGCCCACUUCGACGUGCAUGGAGUGCCUGGUGAGAGCGGUGGCGGUCAGCCAACACAACUGGGUUUGCAGCAGGUGCAAUAUACUGAAACCAGUGGCGGCCCCUACCCUCCCACGUCACAGUCAGUGUUUCAGAAGCAGGAACCCAUGAAAGGCAGCGGGUAAGUAGCUGUCUCCAUCCCCUAACGAGCGUGUGCCGCUCAAGCAAGCAGAAGUUUGCUUGACCAAUUGAUGACGAUCUGAUCUGAUGAGUGCGCGCACUGCACCUAGGACUAUGUCGUUUCCAUAGUGGCUACACUGUCAUAGCAAGUUUCAUGCUCACUUUGGUUGAACAGCUAUCCCAGGUUGGGUACCACGUCAAACAAUGAGGCACUCGUCGUUAUGCCUUCUGAAAGCAGUCGAGACCAUUGAGUCUCACAGUCUCCUUAAGGGAAUAUUACAAUUAUGAAAAGGAAAAGUGGACUAAAGAGUCCUCAGACUGCCAAUAGGUGGCCUACGAACGGUAGAAUUACCUUGUUUUUAUUCGUUCAAGUUUGGCAAGCAUCCUCACAUUAGAUUGACAGCUCGCACUUUAACUACAAAUGCGGCAAGCAGAAGACCGCUUCUGAGGUCCUAAACUACCCUUAGAAACUAAACGGAAAGCCGCCAAUGUAGUCUGCUCUUCUCACUUUUGUUAUGCUAGAGGAACUAGUGCCAAUAUUUCUGCUUUUCAGCUGUACAGCAUUCUGCCUCUGGUGUCGUCGAAAGUCAUACAAUCCGAAAACCUACGAUGCAGCGUUCUACGAUGAGAUUAUUCAACGGAACAGUGCCGUAGUUCCCCCAGAACACACCACGUCUAUCCUACAGAAUUGCUCCCCACUCCCAGAAACUUCAAAGUCUUCACUUGAGAGCAAUGCCUACACACCUUUCCUCGGCUCAAAAAACUCAACCGGCUUUUACAGCUCGGGUAAGAAUGUCGAUGAUUCAGCGAUCCUUACCACCAGUUCUCCGGGGCCCUGCACGUCAGCCGACCCUGACAACCGCACCAAACUUAUCAGUCAGACUGCGCCAACAUAUGCUCCGGGUUCAAGUAUGAGCGGAGGCAGCGCAAACAACCAGUCCACAGCGGAGAGUUCCCUGCCCACACAGUCUUCAAGCGGCUGGACGGAACCGCGCGGAGUCUUCUUGCCCUGUGGCAACAACAGCGCAGCCUCUGCAGCUAUCAAAAACCCGACACUCGGCACCGAACGUCCGAGCAUUUCAGGCAGUAGUGAGACGGGGGGCUUCCUCAUAGGCUCUGACUUUGACAUGCGACGUGCAAACGUUGCACUUCCACCCGCGAUGCCGCCACCACCACCACUGCCACCACUGGUUUCAGGACCGAUUCCCGCUCAGGUCGUGGGCUCAAUACCACCGGACUCCUCACCCAAACCCUUGGGCUUGGCCUCAUUCCGCUGUGCUAACCCUCAGGACUCCUGCGCCCUGGUGGCGCCAUACGCCCAGCUACAGCUCUCACUCUCCCUGGAUCAAUAUGACACCCCAGAGGAGAUCUUUCGAGCUGAGGGAAGCGACUCCAGUUGCUCCUAUGCUCAACACGCGAGCUCAAACCCUACCACCAAUUCCUCCCUACUGCAGUCCUACUGCGAACACGGAGGUGGUGACUACAAGAGUUGA